AUGGCCUCCAAAAGGCAGGUGGAAUCUCUGGACCCGAGCUACUUUCCCUUGGACACCUACGUGCCCAGGGCAGCCGGAACCAGCACCGUGGGCUCCCCACCCGCCGAGCCUGCAGCUCUUCCCAGGGAUGCUGACCCACCACGGCCACCCGGCUGCUUGACAAGCCCUGGUUUUGCCUUCAGCCCCGGUGACGGGGCCGCGUUUGGUGCCUCCUCGGUGAGCACGGAGCCAGAGAGCCCCCGGCAGCCACCGAGACACAGCAGUGCCUUCCAGCCCCUCUGCACCCCUGAGCAGCUGGCUGGGGGCUCCAGUGGGCUGGCACCCAAAGGAGAAAGGGGCUGGGUGGAAGCCAGGCAGGGGGAGCAGGAACCCCCUUACCUGGGGAGGAGUAGGGCGAGCUCAGCCCCCCAGGAGACCCACCACGGGGGUCCCCCAGCUCCCAGAAGUGCCUGCAAGGUCAAGGACUCAGCCAAGAAGCUUGUUGUCCCUUCUCCAGCCACCCUUCCCCCGGGGGAGCUGAAGGACCCCAGGGAUGGUGAGGUGUCUCCUUCCUCCCCACCCAUGCCAGUGAUCAACUAUGUCUUCAGCCUGGCUCCCUACCGACACUACCUGGAGAGGACUGAGGCCUCAGCCCAGGUCCCCUUCCCCAGGGACCCCCCACCCCGACCCACGGGGGGCAGCCGGGAGCCCACGGCCCUUGGGGACAUCUCGGCCACGGCCAGUGACACGAUGCAGAGCCGAGAGGAAAGGUGUCAUGGAGAAGCUGAAAAGCCAGAGCCCCAAGACACGGGGUCUCAAGAGAGCAGCCCCGGGGGGGUGGGGAGUGAGGAGCUGGUCCUCGAGGCUGUUGUGCUGGACCUCAGCUUGAAGAAGAGCCUGGAGAAAUCUGGGGAGAGCCAGGGAGUGACCAGCCCUGGGGAGAUCAAGAGCACCUUCCAGAGCUCGGCCACCUUCAUGUUCAAGAAGUUCAAGAUCCGCCGCUCCCUCCCGCCCAGCAACGUGCCCCCCAGGGAGGCCAGAGCCCCCCAGCUCAGACCCCGAGCCGUGCCACGGGUUGCCCUGGCCCCACAGCAGCCCCUUCUGCCCCAAGCCCCCCGUGCUGCAGGGAAUGAGAGGGCCUGGCCCGUGGGGCUGAGCGUGGCCCCUGCAGCACAGGGCUCUGCUGGGCACUUCACCACCCUGCACACCUCCCUGUGCCACCUCCUCUCCUGCUCCGUGUCCCAGUCCUCCCCCCAGCUCCUGCGGGAGUGGCUGAAGAGGGCAGAGCCUGCGGAGGAGCUGGGAGAGGCGCCCAAAUUGCCCCUCAAACCCAAGAACAGCUCCAGGAGCCCUGAACCCCAGAAAGCCACCAAAGGCAAGGAGAUCUGGCUGGCUUUCCAAGACGUGGCCUCUCUCCUCACCAACCUGCUGUCUCAGCUGGAGACCUUCAUGUUCUCUCGCCAGUGUCCUUUCCCCCACGUGUUUCGUGCAGGGGCCAUCUUCAUCCCCAUCCACGUGGUGAAGGAGAAGCUCUUCCCCAAGCUCCCCGGGGCCUCCGUGGACCAAGUGCUGCAGGAGCACAAAGUGGAGCUGCGUCCCACCACCCUCUCGGAGGAGAGGCACCUGAGGGACCUGGAGCUGAAGAGCUGCACCUCACGCAUGCUGAAGCUCCUGGCACUCAAGCAGCUCCGUGACAUCUACCCCGACCUGCUGACCCUCCACUGGCACAGCUCCAUCAGGCAGCAACUUGCCAAAGAGCAUCUCCCUGAGGCUGCAGGAGAGGCCUUCACCCCAGCUGAGCUGGUGCCCAUGGUGAAGCCCCCUGAGAUCUCCUCUCCCCUGCACGUGCUGCCCCUGCAGUUCCGGCUCUUGGGUCUUCCUUACACCCAUGCCCUGAGCAGAAGGUCUUCAAGGAGCUACCAGGAGCUGGAGGGAGAAGUGAGGCUGCUGCUUGGGAGGAGCAGGAUGGACAUCCUGGAGAGUCUGAUCAGUGAGGUGACUCUGUCUCUCAGUGGCCUCUACCAUGUGAGGAACUUCACCAUCACCCAGCUCAGGAACACCAGUGGGUUCCUGGAGGUCACUGGAGACCUCUACCUGGACACAAUUGUCCAUGCUGAUGUUGCAGAGGUUCUCCAAGCCCUGACAGCUCUUGCAGCCUGCUCUGUGGACCUGACCUCCCUCUGGGUGGAGGGAGCCAGACCUCACCUGCAGGUUUACCCCGUCUCCUUCCUGGUCACCAACAGACCCUUCAGCCAGGACCUUCUGGAUCCAGCUGCUGCAGAGCAGCAGGAACUCACCAGAGACCUUGGUGAUGCGGUGGCAAGAGCCCUGAAGGACCAGAGGAGCUUCCUGCAAGUGGUGAUCAGAGGGUUCCUGCCUGGCUCCUUGAUCUGCCACGGGGAUGUGGUCUUCCAGCACCCUGCUCCCACCAGCCUGGAGGUUUUGGAGGCCCUUGUGCUCUCACUGGGGCCAAGUAAAGCUUUGGCUGGCUCAGACUUUGAAGUGGACCCAUAUUCUCUUGCUGUGGGAGGGGACACCUUGGAGCCCCCCCAGCCCCAACCAGGCUUUCCAGAGUAUGGGGUGGCCAUCCUGGUCCUGGGUGGCUUCUGCCUCAUCACUGCUCCCCUGGUCUUGCUGCUG